CUGAGAUCGUUCUACUAUGGUAUAUACAGCACUGCAAUGCGAUCUAUUGGCCCCUUUCUGACUGCCUCACUCUGCCGCCCCCUGCCACCCCGAGCGCCACCCUUCUACCGCAUCUACAGCCAUUUCCAAGCCACCCCAAGAAUGGCCGGAUUGGCUUCUCCUCUCCCCGACGUGGGAGCCACCAAUCCAUUCGAGAACAAGUCCAAAUCCGAUGGAGACGAGUGGACCAAACGGCCCCCGUACAGUAUUCGCUCCCCUGAGGAGUUUGGCCCUGUGAAAUGGCGCGGAAAAUGCCAAUGCGGCCAGGUGACGUAUCAGCUCAGUCGAGACCGACCAUUGAAGGCCAAGUUCUGCCAUUGCCGGGGCUGUCAAGUGUUACACGGCGCUCCGUUCCAAUGGGCGGCUAUUUUCCACAAGUCGGAUCUCGCGUUCACCAAGGGGGUGGACGGGCUGUCGUUUUACUCGACUGCUAAUUCCACGACGGAGUAUGAGCUGCCCACCAAGGUGUGUUGUUCUUUCUGUCGGUCCCCGAUCAUGGAUGAGGGACGCAAUGUGUGUUUGCUGUUUCCUCAGGCCAUUGAGAGUGCGGAUCAUGAUGAGAAUAGACAGCACUGGAGGGAGGCUUUUGAGAUAGAUUGUCAUAUCUUCUAUGGUAAGCGCGUUCUGGAUAUUCCGGAUGGAAAACCCAAAUGGUCAGGGAUUGAUGAGCAGAGCGAUCUCUUGGAUGAGAAGGGACAAAAGAAGGAAUGACUAGGGGGUCUUCCAAGCCGGAUGUAACACGACUGUAUAGCCAUGAAUAACGAGUUUAUUGGUUCAAAC